ACGUCGAGUAAUUAACAGCUGAUUCGAGCAGAGCUCAUAACCCACGUUGGAGUACUUGGCUUGCAAGCCUGGUUUAAUCUGGACAAACUGGGCCGUGGCAUCCUCGUUACAAGGGCGGCCGUCGUCGAAAUGGCGCCGCCCACCACCGGCCGGCUCUCGGCCCUCCUCCGUCGCUGCGCAUCGGCCGGGGCUCUUUCCCCCGGCGCGCAGCUCCACGCGCAGGCACUGGUCGCGUGGCGCCUCCCGGACGUUACCCUCGAGACGGACCUCGUCCUCUUCUACUGCCGUUGCGGCGCGCUCCCACACGCCCGCCAGGUGUUCGACACGAUGACGCCCUCGCCGUCCAUGCACGCCUACAACGUCCUCCUCGCGGCCUCCCCGCCCAGCGCGGCGCUGGGGCUCCUCUCCCGCCUCCUCGCUGCGGGGCUCCGCCCCGACCGGUACGCCAUCCCCGCCGCGCUCCGCGCGUGCGCCGAGCUACGGGACGCGCUCCUUGGCGCCGCGCUCCAUGGGUUCGCCGUCCGGCUCGGUUUGUUCUCCAACGUUGUGGUUUCCGGCGCGCUGCUGGGCAUGUAUGCUAAGGCAGAGGUGCUGGAUGAUGCCGUUAGGGUGUUCGACGAGAUGCCGGAGAAAGACACUGUCGUGUGGAACUGCAUGGUUACAGGGUAUGCGAGGGCCGGGAGGGCAAAAGACGCCCUGGACCUCUUCUGGAAGGCGCAGGUUGAGGCUGUGAACAUGGUGAGAGAUGUACGGGCCGUGCCAAGCGUGCUGAACAUAUGUGCCAAGGAAGGGGAGCUGAUGAAGGGGAGGGAGAUCCAUGGUAGGAUGGUGCGGAUCCUUGCUUUUGAUAGGGAUGUCGCCGUGGGGAAUGCGUUGGUCGACAUGUAUGCAAAGUGUGGCCGGGUGGAUGGAGCGCGAGCAGUGUUUGCUGGCAUGAAGGAGAGGAAUGUGGUGAGUUGGUCGACCCUGAUUUCUUGUUACGGUGUCCAUGGCAGGGGACAAGAAGCGUUGAGGGUUUACAAGGAGAUGGUGUCCCAAGGGGUGAAGCCAAACUGCGUAACUUUCACUUCGAUCCUGUCGAGUUGCAGCCACUCAGGGCUUGUGACUGAUGGCCAGAGGAUCUUUGAGUCGAUGAGUAAGGUUUACAGUGUUGAGCCCGCUGCUGACCAUUAUGCAUGUAUGGUUGACCUCAUGGGCCGUGCUGGAGCUAUUGAAGAAGCUGUCGGGUUCAUAAGGAAGAUGCCUAUGGAGCCUUCUGCUAGUGUGUGGGGAGCAUUGCUCUCUGCUUGUGCUAUGCAUAAUAACGUCGAUGUUGGAGAGAUUGCAGCUUACAGGCUAUUCGAGUUAGAAGAAGGCAAUGCUAGCAACUAUGUUACUCUCUGUGGCAUUUACGAUGCAGCUGGCCGGUCUGAUGAUGUUGCAGGGUUGAGAUCAAGGAUGAGGGAACUUGGCAUGGUGAAGACACCAGGGUGCAGCUGGGUUGAUGUGAAGGGAAGAGCUUGUGCCUUCUACCAAGGGAGCGUCCCACGCUAUUUGAGGAGACGAAUAGUUUGGGUUUUAGAUAGAUUACUUGAGGAUAUGGGUGGUUCAGAAUCUGAAGACGGACAUACAAACAUAUACUAUGACUAUGAGCUAAUCAGGCCAUGAAGUUCUGACACUUAAGUCCAGUAUGGACGCAAUCAAUUUGGUUCAAGGAUAGAGCUGUGAUCUUACUUGGUUGCUGCUGCUGUGCUGCAUGUGAGCAGAAUUUUAUCAUGGCCAGUAAGGAUUUCUGUUUGCUGUUUUACCAAAUGGUGGUCAGUGUGGAGGCCUUAAAACCUUCCAUGAUGAAAUCCAGAGUAACGUAAUGCAUUAUGAAGUGCUAUUUGCAGGCAAUAAGGCUGUUUUUUUUAAGGCAAGAAGCGUCUGCUCUAAAUUGACUGCCACAGCGGUACUGCUCGUGUCUGAUGCCAUCCAACUGUGCAACAGGUGGCUCAAACCAAGUGAUUCUGAACUGUGACAAAAUGAGAUGCAAGAGAAGUGGUUAACUUCUCCCAAUGGUAAACAAUCAGUCAAUGAGUCAACUAGAUAAUGGCCAUUCUGGAUUCAAGCCAGCAUGAGGAGUUUGAUACGGUCACCAAGAGAUGUGCGCGGAGUAUCAUUUCCUCCAAGUGCAGAAAUGAGUUCUUGGGCUUACCUGCUUGGUACCUUGAUUAGUACCAAAUCUGUUUGCUUGUUGAUGGUCCUUGAGCUUUGAUCCUUUAUAUGCAAGGAAGUCCGUCGAAGAAUCCAUUUACACAAUUUUUCCCUUGCGAGAUGAUGGACAAAGAAAUCAAGAAAUCAUUCCACAUAUUCACAUGUUAUUGGCAUGGUUGUAUGCCGCUUUGUUGGCUGGCAUGAUUGUUCAGCCAUACGAAGAUAGAGGCUAAUCUUAUAACUCUUGUAAACAUAUUUGCUACAUGUAAAUUAUGUAAUACAUCCCCUUUGGAUAUGUCUCUACAUAUUUGUAGAUUUAUACAGAGCAAUAAAUAUUCUAACACUGAA